AUGGAGAGCUACCUCUGCAGCAGUCUGAAAGCAGUUCCUCUCUCUGCAGCAGCACAGAGAAUCAUAUCAGCCCUCCGGGUCCAAUAUGUGCAAAAAGCUGACAGAAGCAGAGCUACCUCGGGCGAUAGAGGAUUUGGAAUGGCCGAGCAGCAGGAUUGUGAUGACAGAAAUGAAGAGUUGCACACAGGGAAGAGCAGAGACUUGAAUUUAAAUGAGCUAGCAGAAGAUACAAACUCCACAGAGUUAGUAGACGUGGCCAUUAUUGAUGGGUUUGUGCUCAAUUUACCCAUUAUUGAGAGGUUUGUAUUGGACCGUGUUGAUGAUAUCACAAUGCCAAUCGGCCAGCAGUUCACGCCUUCAGCUCAGGGAGAAGACAGUUUGCAGAUGUUCCGCUUAACAAGUAUGGGGAGUCCUCAUGCUAGAGCAGAUGUUAUGACACAAGCAGAGAUUCAUAGACCGACCUUCAGUAAGAGGAAGUGGAUUCAACCAGCGAGCCCCCCUAAACAAAACCUAGUGGGUUGCAGUCAACCUGAGACUCCUCCCAUGAAGAGGUUCAACUUUAUGUUGCCUACUAACAACUGUCAGCCAGCAUCUGGAGAAAAGGGCAAAAUGACUGAUAUUGUGGAUAAGCUAAAUGGUAAUGGACAACCCUGGAUGACAGAGAAAGAAAACAGUAAUUCUGUUUUUGAGGGAAUAUCGACUGAAGACAGAGGUGCACUAUUAGAAGUGCAGCUUGGUAAUCGAAGAUGUAUAUCCAAUGUAGAUAUGACAACAUCAAAAUGUGAAGUUCUGGAGACCAGCCAUUACUGGGAAGAAAGCAGAAACUGUCAGUUGUCAGUUCCAAUGGAAAACUCUCCAGAUGCCGAAAGAUGUGAAAGCAUUUCUGUGUUUGAAUGUCAGCAAGACACUGCUGUUAGGUCAGAUGAAAUGGUAAACUCAAUCAGGGAGAAAGUGGACAGUGGCACUGUAAGAAGAGACAUUACCAAGUUAAGAACUUCGUCUCCCCUGUCAGAUGAUAAUACAGUCCUGAUGCCUGUUCUAGAGAGAAAUUGGAAGAUAGAGUGUGCAGCAUCCCCUAGCAGUAAUGCAAUGCAGCACAGCAUCCAGCCCCACUCUCAGGCUGUUGAGGUGACUUCAUUUUCGAAGCAUGCUGGGAGAUGGGAACCACCUGGACUCUCUCAGAAAGCUAUGUGCAAGAAGACAUUCAGAAACGCAAGGUUUCCCACACAGCUCCUCCACCAGGUAAAAGUAAAUGGCUCAAUGCGGAUGUUAAAACAACGAAAAGCUCCUCAGCCUAUGGUCAAGAGGCAGAGACAUCUUCUCAGACCCCAGAAAGUAUCUAAGAAUAAAAAAGGCAGAAAACUAAACAAAUCCACCAAAACCUCAGAUCCAAAUCUGUCAGGAUGCAAAGAAAGCAGCCAGAUUCUUUCAGAAACAGAUAGAAAAGAAGAUGGAACCACAACAACCUCAAAAGGGGCCUUUAGUUUGAUUUCUGACCCGAUGGUUUGUGACACAGGCCGUGUUUCCCAAGAGAAGAGAGAAUGUAUUUUAGAGGAGACUGAAAAAGCAAAAGCAUUCGUUGUUACCAUGGUAUAUCAAGACGGCACCACACAAUUGGACCCAGAACAGAAAUUGUGUCCUCCAGUGUGUGGCCUGCUGGUCUUGCUGAAGAGUGAAUUGAAUUCAGAGAAACAACCAGAGAGAGUGCUGUACCUCAGACUAGAGCAGACACCAGCCUGGGCCCAACAAGACUUUACACAAAAGCAGGAUGCCUAUGCCAGGGAGAUGCUGCUGAAGAUAAUGUGUGGCACAAAAACAUUUGUGUGUUUUAAAGCUAAAGACCUGCUUCGAACAGUACUGAGACACUUCAGAGAUCUGAGCUGGACCCAAGUGUUGGGGUGUCAAGUGAUGGAUCCUCAAAUUGCUGCAUGGCUGUUAGAUCCUGCCGACUCCUCAUCCUGCUUUCAGACCCUGCUUUCCAAACACUACACUCAUCAAUUUACACCCACAUCACUGCAACCUGUGCUUGGGCAAGCCAAGGUGACUCAACUGAUCUCAAAUUUGUCUCUCCUGCACAACCUUAUGGAGGAACUGCAUAACAAGCUUCAUACUCAAGGACUUUGGCAGCUCUAUUCUGGCAUAGAACAAAAGAUGAUUCCAGUUCUGGCAGCAAUGGAGAGCUAUAAAAUGCACGUGGACAAGGAGGCCUUGAAAAAGACUUCAGAGAUGUUGGGGUCUAAGCUAAAGCAGUUAGAGCAAGAAGCCCACCAGGCUGCAGGUCAAAAGUUCUUGGUGUCCAGCAGUGCUCAGCUCAGACUGAUCCUGUUUGAGAAGCUGCGUUUGCAUGAACUUUGUAAGAACAAGAAGCUUCCCAAAACAGUCAAGCAGCAGCAGUCCACAUCGGAGACCGCUCUAUUACAACUACAGAAGCUGCAUCCACUGCCCAAAAUCAUCCUGGAAUACAGACAGAUUCACAAAAUCAAGACUACAUUUGUGGAUGGCAUUUUGUCUUGUAUGAGGAAGACGUUCAUUUCCUCAACGUGGAAUCAGACAAGUACAGUGAGUGGCAGACUAUCUGCUAAACAUCCUAAUUUCCAAGCUCUUCCUAAGCUGCCUCUGCAGAUUUCUAAGAAACAGUAUAUACAGGGAAAGGCCUCUGACAUAGUGACUGUGCAUCCGCGUGCCAUGUUCAUUCCACGAGAGGGUUGGACUUUCCUUUCUGCAGAUUUCUGUCAGGUGGAGCUGCGUCUUUUGGCUCAUCUGUCGGCCGACCCUCAGCUUCUGAGAAUCUUUCAGAGCCCUGAAGCAGACGCCUUCACCAUGCUGGCGGCCCAGUGGAAGGGUGUGAGUGAGGACAGAGUGAGUCUGGAGGACAGAGAGCAGGCCAAGCGGAUCGUCUACUCUGUGGUUUAUGGAGCUGGAAGAGAGCGGUUAUCUGGUAUUCUGGGUGUGAGUGCAGAGGAGGCCAGUCGUUUUCAGGACUCUUUCCUUCAGACAUAUAGAGAGGUGCCGGCCUUCAUCCAGCACACCAUCCAGCACUGCCAGAGUCACGGUUUUGUCAGGUCCAUAAUGGGAAGGCGCCGUUUUCUCCCGCACAUUCACUCCACUGACUGGAGCCUUCGAAACCAAGCAGAGAGACAGGCUGUCAACUUUGUGCUACAGGGCUCAGCUGCAGACCUAGCCAAAUUGGCCAUGAUCAGAAUCUGCUCCCAAGUGUCGUCUGACUCUCAAACUGCCAGGCUGGUGGCUCAAAUCCAUGAUGAGCUGCUGUUUGAAGUGGAGAUCUCACAAUUGGACCAGUUUGCUGUGUUGGUGAAGAAGACUAUGGAAUCUCUUCAGCACUUUGAAAACUUGGAUGUGAAUCUCUCUGUACCUCUCAAAGUCUCGCUGUCCACAGGAAGAUCAUGGGGUUCAAUGUGCGAGAUGAAUCUUUCCUGCACCACUACAGCAACUUCUGCCUGAGUCUCCCGCUCUUCCUCUCCAUCCUGUAACUAUGGCAACCGGGCAGCUGCAGUUCCCAAUUCUUGUUUUCGCUGAUGUAUCCAAGGGUAGCGGUAGGAUCAGGCUGGAUUGUACCAGUUUUUUUGGAGGGGGGCUUCCCUUGGUUCAUUUUUAAUUUUUAUAGUGUGGGAGGCUCUUCUCGCUAGUACCUUUUCAUAAGAACUAGCUUUUAAAAGCUUUGGCUUUGUUCAGUUAGUGUGUUUGAUCGUCCGAAAUGUUCUUCAGUACAUCUGUCCACACAAUUGUUAUAUUUAGAUUCAUUAUUGGCUUGAUGAGCCGGUGGUGUUGCUAUCG